UGACACGUGUUCCCAUCUUUUAAAAUUGUGCCUGGAACUGAGCGCCCAGCCCCACAGAACUAAAUUCCCACAGUCUCAGUUUUAAAACGCCUUCAUGUUUGAUUAAUAGCUAAAAAUGGAGUCUGGAGUCCCAUUUGAUUUCUAGACAGACCCACAUUUUUUCCAAGCUGGAGAUCAUCAUUGGUAUGACACUUGCAAUGUAAAAAUACCUUUUCUCAGUCUUUGACUUUUUUCCAUCUUACUUUUGGCUUUAUUUUUUGUGAUGCAACUAGAAUCUAAUAAUAUUUUCAGUAAUUCCAAAUGGCUGGGUCAGGAAAAGGAAGAGGACGUGCUGCAUUUACUUUCAACAUCGAGGCUAUUGGCUUUUCCAAAGGUGAAACGCUACCUGAAGUAGCAUUCAAGCCCCCUCCGUUGUUUCCUUCAACAGGUUUUAAGCCAGUGCCUCUGAAAAUGGGAGAAGAAGAAGAUUAUAUGUUGGCCUUGAAGCAAGAAUUUAGAGGAAGUAUGAAAAAUACGCCUUAUUUUAUGCCAAGCAAAGAUGAAAAACAAGGAGUUGAAAAAUAUAGUAAAAAGUAUUUGCAAAUGAGAAAAGAAUCCAUGGAAUGGACCCCAGAUUGGAGAAGGCUCCCAAGAGAGAUGAAGCCAAGGAUAAAGACCAAAAAAGGUGGCAAAACGAAAAAGGCAAAAGUUGCCACACCUAAAAGUAAUGUGGAUUUGUUGAAAAAAAUUGAGGAGUUGGAAAAGAAAGGUGACGAAGAAAAAUCUGAUGAGGAAAAAGAGAAAGAAAAAGACAAAGAGGGGGGUGAAGAAGAAGGAGAAGAAGAAGAAGCAAAUGAACAAGAAUAUGAUGAAGAGGAACAUGAAGAGGAAAACGACUACAUUGCUUCAUAUUUUGAAGAUGGUGAUGAUUUUGGUGCUGGCAGUGAUGACAAUAUGGAUGAAGCAACCUAUUAGUUAUUUGUAUUAGAUUGUGUCCUACCCUGGCCUUCUACAUCCACUACAACAUUUGCACCCAGUUGUAGAUGGACUGAGCCCUCUUGAUUCUUGAUGCAGCUACAUGGAGUUGGAAUGCUGAGUUCACCCUCAGAUGAAAGGGCAAUCUUUUCCAUUUUUGUGUACCUGGGUUGAAAUAUGGGAGACCUAGCUGCCAUAUUCCAUUCUUCUCAAAUACUUUGGAGCCCAGUAUUUAUCACUGCAAGGUUCUCUAGACCUCCCAGAUAGGGAGUAGCAUAUAUGACUUUGUAUUACCUCUACGGCACUUGGGGAAAAAAAUGCAUUUUGACUGAAUUGUGCCUAAGCAGUUGCACUUCACUACAUUCUAUGCAUGAAGGGGAUCAACUUCCGACUGAAGUUGGUAGCAAAACUUAUAUUGACUUAUGUGAAACGGGGAUGUGAUCCUUCCUGAACACAAGCUGUUCCUACUUACCUGCUGACUUUCUAAUAGAAUUUAUAUAAUUUCUGUAUUCAGGGGAUCAAAAUAUAAAUGAACAUUGAGCACUUUCAUGAACAAACUAAUCUAAAAGUACUUUGGUACCAUGGCCUAACAAGGUAAGGAGAUAAUUUCGAAAGGCUCUUGCAUUCUAAUCAACAAAUUUUCAUAAUUCAUCACUUUGACAAAUAGGGAGCAUCUUUCUAACCAGUGCUUGCUGGGUGUGAGGAGACUUAAUGAGAUGAUGGGCGACGUGUGCGAAGGGCACAUGCUCCCAAAUGCCACAGAUGAGAGGGACACAGGCUAGCUGGUAGCUGGCAGGGCCAGAGUCCUUGGGCAUCUGGGGGAAAUCGACAGGGAUCCUGGUUCCUGCUGCUGGAGUCUGUCCCCCUUCACCCCACACACACUGGCAGUGAUGUGGGAAGUGAAGCAAUGCAGCUGGAAGAGCAGAGCAAGCUGGGACUGCAUAACAGUUUCCCCCUCUGCUGCUGAAGAUCUGGACCUCCAACUUCACUAGUCCACCGGGCCUCAUUGCUGAGGCAAGGCAGGAGCAGAGCAAGGGCAAAGAAGAGAGCAGGAACAGGGAAGAAGGCAGAGCAGAGGUGAGCCCAUGUGAGAUAACAUUGUGUUUCAUUAAUUACUUUGUACUCAGAGAGGGGUCUGGGGCUAAUAAAUAGUUUCAUUCAUUUAGGGAGGUUUUGUUUCUGAGAUUGAGUAAAGGAGUGGGAAGCUGGGAAAUCAUUAUUUUGGCUCUUCUCUCUAGCCUUGAAUAAGCCCUUUCCUAUCUCUGCAUCAGUUUCUCCAUCUAUUAAUGGGGAAAAUACUACUUCCUACCUCAUAGUUCUGUUGUGAGAGUCAGUGUUUGUAAAAAUGCUAGUUAUGUAAAUGUGAAAUAUUGGUUUUAUUUAAUUACUUCCCAAUAUAGCCAAAAAUACAAAAGACGGGUUUAAAAUAAAAAAAAUAGACUGUAAAAGACAGAUACAUAUAAUAGAAGAGUAAUAUGCUAAUGUUUACUGAUAGGGUGGUGAAAACAAUACCAUGAAAUCUAUAAAUAUUCUAUAUUUGAGGAUGAAUAUGUUGUGAUUACAAUCCUAUUACAGUAAUCUUGAGAUUAUGUUAUAAUGGUAGGUACAUUUUCAGGUAUCUCUAAUAUUUUUGUGUACCUAAGCACCUUAAAAUAAGUCUAAUUUUUUUAAUGUUUUGUUUAAAUUCACUCCAAAUGAAUAGAAAGCACUGAAUCCUAAAAUCUCAGCAUAAACUGAAACGAUCAGUCUGUUUGUUUAUGGCCUUUGAUGCCUUUUUGAAGUAGCCGCAGGAGCUAUCUUCAUAAAAAGAAAAACGUGGUUUUAUAGAAUGAAAUUAGAUUGCUUUUCUGUCAAUCUGCAAGGAAACUUAAAGCUUACUCUUCUUGUUUUUGUUUCCUUUAUACUGCUGUUUUUCCUCUGAAGUACUCACAGCUAGACUCACAACCCUGACUGAAAUGGUGAAGAUAAAACUAAAACAAAAUUAACAAACUAUUUUAGCUGAUUUAAAGAUUGUUGGGAGCUUUAGAUUUUACAUUUUAAUUUAAAAUUUAAUAUAUAGGAAUUAAAGGGGAAAACAAACUUUUUCCUUUAGAAUUAUUUAUCUGGAAAAUAUCACUUUUACACUGGAAAAGGCUCUCUGACCUAUGCUUUUUGUUGUCCCUGUUCAAACUGAAACCUGUGCUAGUUGAUCAUAUUGGUCCUUUCUUCUUUGUUUCAGUAAUUCCACUAGCUGGUCAAUUAAAAUGUGUUCUCAUUCAAGGAAAUGUUAAGUUUUUUAAAAAAAUUAUCUAUAUAAAGUUUGUUGUUUGAUGGUUGGUGCACACAUUUACCAAACAAUACUUUAUUUCAGUGCUAACUGGAUUCUGAAAGAGAGAGAGAAAAUACACACACAAGUAUUUACCUAGCCGAAUGGUUGUGUAACUUGGGACAUGACUGUAUUUUUUUCCUGUGUUAAUUAAACUGUUCUGAUAAACAAAAUGUGAAGCAAUUCCAAAGAAUGAGAAAAGUAAAUACAAUGCAAGGCACACCUCAAUCAAAUUAAUAUAUACAUUUAUUUUUAAAUGUUAAAUUGCUACGUAUGAAGAUAUAGCAAAACAAUGUAUAAUGACAUAUUUCUGUAAUAUAAAAUAGUUUGCUUAAUGCAACAAAAAUUUACUCGUCAUUAAUUAGGACUUUAUGUUGAAGUUUAUUUUCUUAUAAAUAAUAAUGCGGAGUUGAAGUCUAAAGUUUGUGGAGUUUUAAUUUUUUUAUAGUAUGGUCUGCACACACACUGCAUUUAUGCACACUAGAUUCCUCUGCAUGCUUAUGGUAAUUUCUUUCCAGUGUUUUCUCUGCUUGUCCUUGCAUGUGGGCUCCUGCUGCAACUCAGGGAGAGAGAAGCUCUACUAUAAUUAAAAACACCAUGUUUGGAAUACUCCACAAGUUUAGCUGGUAGCUGUAGCUAAUAUAAUAAACACAAAAAAUACAACUAGAUGGAGCUGCUGUAAAGUGAGUGCGUAAUUGGUUGGAAAAUGUUCUCAGAGUAAUUAUUAGUGGUUCACAGUUGAGCUGGAAAGGUAUAUUGAGUGAGGUCCUGUAGGGAUCAGUUCUGUUCAAUACUUUCAUCAAUGAUUUAAAUAAUGGCAUGAGUACACUUAUUAAGACUAUGGAGGAUUCUAAGCUGGGAGGGGUUGCAAGUGCUUUGGAGAAUAGGAUUGUAAUUCAGAAUGAUCUGGAGAACUGGUCUGAAAUAGGAUGAAAUUCAAUAAGGACAAA